CCACCACCCACUCUCUGCAAAUAUUCUCAAGUAAGCCAAGCCCCAUCUAUCAUCUAUUCUGCAUAACCAAUCCAACCAUCUAAUUCCUCCCGUCUCAGCUCCAGCUCCAUCUUCAUCCCCAGCCCAAUCAACCUGGUCACCCACCCCAUUCAUCUAUAUCCCCACCACCACCACCAAACCCAAAACCCAGAACCAAAAAUGCCACCAACCCCCAAACCAACCUUCACAACCCUCCCCCUCCCACCACCAGGUUCCAUCCCCCUCACCCUCCCAACGGCAUCAACCCCACACCCCCCCUCCAACCCGCCCUUCCACAACGACGCCCUCACUAUCCGCCGCGAAGUCUUCAUCGACGAGCAGCACUGCACGCCGGAGGGAGAAAUCGACGAGGACGAGGGACGCAGCUGGUCGUGGGUUGUUUAUGUUGAGGAGGGAUCUACUGGUACUGGCACCGGUACCGGUAGCACCAACACCAACACCACCACCAACACCACCACCACCACACCCAGCACUAGCAGCGGCAGCAGCACCAACACCACCAUCACCACCUCACCCAGUACUAGCAGCACUAGCAGCACCAGCAGCACCAGCAGCAGCACCAACGAGUCGCCCACCAUGAAAGAAGAAAAAGAUCUUCCCCUCCCCCUCCCCCUCCCCCUCCCCAUCCCCAUCGCAACAAUCCGGCUCGUCCCACCCCCUCACGGCACGCAUCCCACUCCCGACCUAGCCACCCCCCCGGCAGGCCUCAACCCAGCCGACUACAUCCCGGAGAGCAAAUCCCACGAACCAUACAUAAAGCUCACCCGCGUGGCAGUGCGAAAGCCGUGGCGGGGACACGGACUCGGCCGACGACUGGUGGAGGAGGCGCUGGGGUGGGCGGCGAGGAAUCCGAGGGAGAUACAGAUGGCGGGGAGACGGGGUGGUGCGGGUGGGUUAGUUGGUCAGAAGGGGACGGGGCCGGGGCUGGAAGGGGAAGCAGAGUGGAAGGGGCUGGUGCUGGUGCAUGCGCAGACGAGCGUGGAGGGGAUGUAUGCGCGAUUGGGGUUUGAGACGGAUGAGGCGCUGGGGAGGUGGGAUGAGGAGGGGAUUGAGCAUUUGGGGAUGUGGAGAAGGGUUUCUGUUCUUUCUUCUUAGAUUUUUUUGUCGGAUGUCGGAUAGAUGAGGUGUGUGCGUGAGGUGGAUGGAUUAUGGAUUAAUGGGUAGAUGGGUGGAUAGAAAAAAGUGGAUAGAUGGGGGUGUAUGUGAGGAUGCCGAAGAGUGUCUGUCUGAUGGGAGAAGAUGAUGGAUGAUGAAUACUCCCGCAUGUUGAAUGGGAUACAGCGAUAGACACACCGUAAAACUAAAAUCUACAGGGUACAAAGACUAAUAGAUAC